GUCCCAGUCAAGGUCGCUCGACACCGUCCCUCACGACACCAAAAAUGGCCGCCUCCAUCCCUAUCAUCAAGAAGAGGACAAAGCGCUUCAAGCGCCACCAGUCCGACCGCUACAAGUCCGUCAAGGAGGCAUGGCGCAAGCCCAAGGGUAUCGACAACCGUGUCCGUAGGCGAUUCAAGGGCCAGCUGCCGAUGCCCAAAAUUGGUUACGGCUCCAACAAGAAGACCCGUCAUCUCCUCCCCAAUGGCCUCAAGAAGAUGCUCGUCCACAACGUGCGCGAGGUGGACAUCCUCCUGAUGCACAACAAGACGUUCGCUGUUGAGGUUGCACAUGGUGUGAGCAGCAAGAACCGGGUGGGGAUCAUCGAUCGGGCAAAGGCGCUGGGGCUGAAGGUCACCAACGCGUCCGCACGGUUAAGGAGUGAGGAGUAGAGUGUGGGCAUUCAGGAUGAUAUUUCUGUCUGUGCGCUGUAUCUGGAGGUGUUCGAGCAGCCUGAUGUAUGGGACACGCUAUGCGUAAUAUGAUCGCAUGCUGCCUGACCACCUUCA